CCCAAACAACCCAAGGCCAAGCAGGCAAAUCGCCGCAGCGCAAACGCAAACCAAACCCCGAAACCCCACCGAGGCGGAGGGCGGCGAACGCGAGCGCGAGCGCGAAACCCCACCUCUCGGCGGCGGCCUCGGAGACGACAAGGGCGGGCAAGACGGCGGCGCCGGCGACGACGCUGAUGGAGUCCCUGGAGGCCCUAGUGGCGCACAUCCAGGGGCUCUCGGGCAGCCCCGACGAGGUGGCCCACCUCCACAACCUCCUCAAGCAGGCGGACGGCGACUCCCUGCGCGCCCACGCCGCCGCGCUCGUUCCCUUCCUCGGGCACCUCAGCCCCGGGGCCCACUCCCUCGGCUAUCUCUACCUCCUGGAGGCGUGCGCGACUUCGGGUGCCAAUCUGAGGGAAUUCGGCGGCGGGGACUUCCUCGUCACCAUGGCGGAUUUCCUCACCGCGUGCUCGGCGGACCAGAUACGCCUGGCGCCCGACAAAUUCCUGAAUGUGUGUAGGGUGCUUAAGGAUCAGGUCACGCAGCUCAACGCCCCCAUCAGAGGGAUCGCCCCACUCCGUGCGGCAGUCCGUAAGAUCCAGGCUUCACCCGAGCAGCUGACCCCGGUCCAUGCCGACUACCUUCUCCUCUGCCUGCUGGCGAAGCAGUACAAGGCUGGAUUGAGCGUCCUGGAAGACGACAUAUUUGAAGUCGACCAGCCAAAGGACUUGUUCCUCUACUGCUACUAUGGAGGGAUGAUAUACAUCGGGCUCAAGAAGUUUCCUAAAGCUUUGGAGCUUCUUCACAAUGCUGUUACUGCUCCAAUGCCAUCAUUGAAUGCGAUUGCUGUGGAAGCUUACAAGAAGUACAUCCUUGUGUCGCUCAUUCAGAAUGGACAGGUCCCAUCAUUUCCGAAGUAUACAUCUGCAGCUGCUCAAAGAAAUCUGAAAAAUCAUGCCCAGAUUUAUGUUGAUCUUUGUACAAGCUAUGGCAAUGGUCGCUACAGUGACUUGGAGACAUUCGUUGAAUCAAAUGCAGCUGCGUUUCAAUCAGACAACAACCUAGGGCUGGUGAAGCAAGUGCUCUCCUCAAUGUACAAACGAAACAUCCAAAGGCUGACCCAGACUUACUUAACGCUGUCACUUGAAGAUAUUGCUAGAUCUGUUCAACUUGAAACACCAAGGGAUGCUGAAAUGCAUGUACUUAGCAUGAUUGAAGAUGGAGAGAUCCAUGCAACCAUAAACCAGAAGGAUGGCAUGGUCAGCUUUCACGAAGAUCCUGAACAAUAUAAAAGUGUUGAGAUGGUGGAGCAUAUCGACUCUUCUAUUCAGAGGUUGACAGCUCUGUCCAAGAAGUUGGCUUCAAUUGAUGAGAACAUGGCAUGCGAUCCUGCAUAUUUGCAGAAGGUCGAUGUGAAAGAUACAGGUGACUCAUGGGAGCAGCAUUUUGACAAAAUUUCUAUCGACGAGAGGAGCAAGUUUGAUGAAGAAACCCUCUACAACUUGGAAGGAAUCAAGAUAAAGAAAAAUUACUCUAGAAAACCAGAUAGAUUCAGAAAUGAGUACAUAGUGUUAACCAUUCUGGUUGCUGCCGAUGGAGCGCUGAAGUUCCCUGAAGUCAGAAACUACGCAGAUCUGGAAGCAGCUGUGGAAACGCUCAACUCUAUUCCCGCAAGGCAAAUUCAGGGCAUUCAAGUUUUAUGGACUCCCCAAGAUGAGGACGACGUUCUUUUGGAAGAGAAGCUACUGAAGGAUUAUCCUUAUCUGAAACCCUUGUGUGAUGACUAGAGUAAUUUUGUCCCGGGUGUUCGUGGAGAUCAUAAUACGGGUAAAUAUAGGUUUUGGUAGCGAGCUGAUUGAUUGUUUUGUACCGGCCAUAUAACUUCAAAAGUUUGUGGCUGCUUAUUCAGGGUGCACUGUGCAGCCCGGGCUGCCACCUUACAUAAUGGUAGAUUAGUUGCUAUGAACUUACAGAAAGAAGUUGUAUAAACCGAUUUUUAUAAAAUA